CACAACCUGGACAUUUGCCCUGACAAGGAAUCAAACCGGUGACCUCUGGGUGCAUGGGUCAGUGCUCAACCACUGAGUCACACCAGCUGGGCACCAGCAAUAUUCUUAACCCAUGAAAAGACCUUGGCUCUCUCCAUUCUUACCAUGUCCUAGGAAUGUGUGACCUCUGAUGGCAAGCAAUAGUAACCUGAAGAAUAGAACUGAUACUUUGGAUUCAUUUUAAAAUUUAAUUACAAUUCUUAUCAAGUACAUGAUUAUUUUUUUUCCUCCGCCAAAUUUAUUUUAGGGAUGUGCCUGUCUGAGACCUAUAUGGCUGAGGUUUCUUAGGUCCAUUUUGUGAUUUUAAAAAGGCAGAAUUUUGAUGAGAUCUGAUAGAUUUGGAAAUAUCGUUUCUAAAGUAUUUAUUAGAUCUGCUAGAGCAGGUAAAUUGCUCCCAAGACACGGUUCCGAAAAACAGCUCUGUAGCAGGCAUCUCUUGACACCACAGUAUGUUCUGGGUAGCUGCUCUGCAGUAAUGCAGCCUUGUCUUUCUGGGCAGUGUUGUUAUUCCUGCUGCAUAAUUAGCAACUAGUGAGAUCAUAGUCUGGGAAGAUUCUGGCAUUACUGAGGCAAAGCAGGGAGGCUUCGUAUCAUCACAUGUGGCUCUGGCCCUGACAGCAUUUCUGUCGGGCAGAUUCAUAUCCUUGGGAACUAAAGUCCAAAGACAGAGGAGAGAUUUGUAUCCCAGACUCCUUGGUUGUGUGACAGCUUGUUGAAGACACUGCCUGCCAUAUUGAUGUAACCAGAGUACAUUGUCACUUCUGUUUUCUCCUUGUUGAUUUCUUUACAGAGGGCAAAGGUGGUAAAGCUAAGUUUUCCUUGCACAGAGGAAGAUGAUAGACCAGCGGAGCACUAUUUUAUGGAGCAGUAUGAGAUUGGGAAAGAUUCUGGGUUUUGAAGCCAGUGCAGAUUCUAAUCUUCAGUUCAUUCUUUAGAACCAAAUUUGACCUUUCUGGGAGCCUGGAGAGACACUUUAUAUUUGUGAAGAUCUGGGUAAAGCGUUUCUCUGGCUGCUGAUGUACUUUGCAAUUGAGAGCCUGAAGCACUAUUUCCCAAAGUGUGUUCCAAGAAAUAUUUGCCCCCUAAAAUACUCUGGAAAACAAAGGGUUCCAUAAUCAGACUCCUAAUGCAACUGGCUAGCUGGUGGUGAGCCUGGGGCUUUGGGGCCAACGCGGUGGGCUCCCCAAGGAAACCCCUUUGAAACCAAUGGAUGCAUUCACGGGCUCGGGGCUCAAGAGGAAAUUUGAUGAUGUGGAUGUGGGCUCAUCAGUGUCCAACUCAGAUGAUGAGAUCUCCAGCAGUGACAGUGCUGACAGCUGCGACAGCCUCAAUCCUCCUACAACUGCCAGCUUCACACCCACCUCCAUCCUGAAGCGGCAGAAGCAGCUACGGAGGAAGAAUGUACGCUUUGACCAGGUGACUGUGUACUACUUUGCCCGGCGCCAGGGUUUCACCAGUGUGCCCAGCCAGGGUGGUAGCUCUCUGGGCAUGGCCCAGCGUCAUAACUCUGUACGCAGCUACACACUCUGUGAGUUUGCUCAAGAGCAAGAGGUGAACCAUCGGGAGAUUCUUCGUGAGCACCUGAAAGAGGAGAAACUCCAUGCCAAGAAGAUGAAGCUGACCAAGAAUGGGACAGUGGAGUCGGUGGAGGCUGAUGGCCUGACACUGGAUGAUGUUUCUGAUGAAGAUAUUGAUGUGGAAAAUGUGGAAGUGGAUGAUUACUUCUUCCUGCAGCCUCUGCCCACCAAACGGCGACGGGCCCUGCUGAGGGCGUCUGGGGUCCACCGCAUUGAUGCUGAAGAGAAGCAAGAGCUUCGAGCCAUCCGCCUGUCACGGGAAGAGUGUGGUUGUGACUGUCGACUGUAUUGUGACCCAGAAGCGUGUGCUUGUAGCCAAGCUGGGAUUAAAUGCCAGGUGGAUCGCAUGUCCUUUCCAUGUGGCUGCUCCCGGGAUGGCUGUGGGAACAUGGCUGGGCGCAUUGAAUUUAAUCCAAUCCGGGUCCGGACUCAUUACCUCCACACCAUCAUGAAGCUGGAGCUGGAGAGCAAGCGGCAAGUGAGCCGCCCACCCGCCCCAGACGAAGAGCCCUCACCCACUGCCAGCUGCAGCCUGACAGGAGCCCAGGGCUCUGAGACACAAGACUUCCAGGAGUUCAUUGCUGAGAAUGAGACGGCAGUGAUGCACCUACAGAGUGCGGAGGAACUGGAGCGGCUCAAGGCAGAGGAAGACUCCAGCGGCUCUAGUGCCAGCCUGGACUCCAGCAUAGAGAGCCUGGGCGUGUGUAUCCUGGAGGAGCCCCUGGCCGUUCCCGAAGAGCUGUGCCCAGGGCUUACAGCCCCCAUUCUCAUCCAGGCUCAGCUGACCCCAGGCUCCUCUGUCCUAUGUUUUGCCGAGAACUCAGAGCACCCAACUGCUUCAGCAGUGACCAACCCAUCCUUCUUGAACAGUGGGCCCCUGGUCUAUUAUCAGGUGGAGCAGAGGCCAGUCCUGGGGGUGAAAGGAGAGCCUAGUACAGGAGAAGUCCCACCCUCUUUCCCCAAGGAGAAGGAUCUCAGUGUCUUCUCUCUCCCUGUUACCUCACUGGUGGCUUGUAGCCCCACAGACCCAGCUGCCCUCUGCAAAUCAGAGGUAGGGAAAGCAUCCACUCUAGAAGCAUUAGUGCCCGAAGAUUGUAACCCCCAAGAGCCGGAGAAUGAAGACUUCCGCCCCUCAUGGUCCCCCUCAAACCUCCCCUUCAGCACGGACAGUGAAGAGGGCUGUGUGGUGGAGAAAACCUCACAGCCCAGUGAGGACCGGCCCCCUGAAGAGUCUCUGGAACUCCCUCUGGCAGUGUGACACAGGGAUGGAGAUUCUGCCUCUUACCCACUCUCUAUUUAUUCCCUUAUUUUAUCUAAUACCAUUUCAGAACAAAACUGUAGAAGCAGCUGCUGCUCCCAUGUUAUUUUAUUGGGGUAUUUGGGGAACAGGUGGGAAAAGAUUGUUUGUACAAGUAUUUUUUAAAGGGUACACAGAAGCAAGGAGACCAGCUCCAGCUUGUUCUAUCGGGAUAGUCUUGGGGCAGAGGAGGCUGCAUAGUGCUGAAUACUGAGCUUUCUGGGCCAUUGGAACAAAGAACUAGGAUCUCACAGGAGAAACUAGGUAACUCAAGCAGCUAUUCUUUUUGUAGGGAUCAGAAUCCAUAAUUUGAACAGCGUGGCAAAGCCCCUUCUCUUCUGAGCUCCAGGCGGGAUACAAGCUCAUUUUCCUCAGUGGUUACUCUGAUAUCCCAUUUUGGUGUAACAUAAUAUAGUUGGAAAUGUCUCCUGGAAAGGAGGGGUUUAGAAGGGUCUCUGCUUCUGUACAAAAUUUGCAGGAUUUAUAAAAAUGUAACCUGCCUUCCCCGGCCCCCCAUUUGGUA